AUGGCUGCGCUUUAUAGUUCGAGCAGCUCACCGACGGAAGCCGAGCUUAUGAGUCCGCCGAUUCCGCCGUACCCGAUGCCGGCAUCGUCGGCGCCCGCCGCGCUUAUCAUUUUGCUCGCCGCCUCGCCGGAUCAACAAGAAUCGCCGCGACGAGUGAUGUCGUCGAGAAGCGAGCCGACUCCCGGCCGACGACUCGAUAAGUCUGUGAGCCUUGACGGCGGUGUGCCGAUGAGCAGCUACUCGCUGAGCAUUGAUAGCGAUGAGCGCGGUCUCAGCCCGCGGCGGUAUGAGACGUAUGAUAUCAUCGAAGGCGAGGAGACGACGAGCACGGGCGAUCAACCGUCGCCGUUGCCCGCGAAAGGAAUUAUGCGGAAAUUCCGGAAACGGAUAAUGAGCAUCGAGAAGGGCAUGUCGACGCAAAGUAAUCAGCGUGUCACAUUUUCACCGAGAUCUCGCCCGUUGUUCGUUGACACCCAAAUGGCGAACACUGAAUCGUUGAAGCGCAAGAGUCCCGUCACCCAAAUGGUGGACUUUGUGCGUGGACGCAAUCGCACUUAUUCGUUGCAGCUCGCUGGCAGCCCGAUGACGUCGCCACAAUCGGUGUCGGCGAGAGCGAGCGCUUCGUGCGACGCCCAACAAGGAAUGGGUUCGCCGGCGCGGCGGCAAACGAUCAGCGGACGCCUUCAUCGCGCGUCGUUCACCGGCGGGCCGAUUGGCAAUUUUAGUGUUGGGCCGAAGAGCUUCGAUUCGGGUCUGGAUCUGAGCUCACCGACAAUUAAUCAUACAGCGCUGCUCAUCAAGGAGGUGAGUUGGUUUUUUUUUUGGAAAAUCAAAAAAAUGCCGAAAUGUGUUGCCACGUGUAUAAAAAAGAAGCCGACGUAA